AUGGAAAGAGCCGGUUUGGUUAACCUGCAUACAAGAAACAAUAUUCAGUUUGUUGAUCAUGAAGUCAAAGGUGGUAAUAAAGAAUCUUAUAUUGACUCCAUGAUAAUUGAAUCUUUUGAAUGCGGUAACAACAAGGGUAAAUCCGACGAGAAACCUAAUUGUGCUUGGAAGAAGGCGAAUAAGACCUUAAGAGAGCGACAGAAAAAUAAGGACCAUGAUUUACAAGAUAAUGAAGAGCAUAAUAAAUCGAUAAAAGAUACACAUUCUAUUUUCAAUUUGGUUGUUUCAUUUGAAAAUCUAAAUAAAUCUACGCUUCUUUCUCAACACAAUGAGAUAUUACAUUGGUCUAGUACGACUUUAGCUUCUGACGAACAACAAAUUACUACUGUAGAUAGGUCUGCAUUGAUUGGUAGAGAUGCUGGCUACACUAUCGAAUGGUGCGUAUUAGGCAACUCAAGAGGCGUUGGAGAGAAAAUGUCAAAUGCUUCCUCUCUGCAAAUGUGUGAAGUAAAAGCUCUACGCUUAUGUGUGGAUAAGUUAAUUCGGUUAAAAGAAACGUCCUCAUUACCGAAAAGCGAAAUUCUGUUAAUUAGCGACAGUAGUUAUUUGGUAGAAAGUGUAAAUACUCAUUUGAAUGUUUGGAAUGAAACUGAAGCUGUAAAAUAUCUUCAAAACCGUGGUUUAAUUCCUGAAACAAAAGAAUGCGAAAAUAGCCAAGCAAUGAAGCUUUCUUUCGGCAAUGUAAUUAGAUGGAGAUGCAGUCUUAGAAGCUGCAGGAAACAGAUUAAAGUACGGGUCAGAACGUGGUUUCAGGGAACCAGAAUGCCACUAAAAAUGGCAAUCUUGUUCAUUAAUUAUUGGGCAAGUAAAGAAUCGUCUGGAGAAAGAAUGAAAAGAGAAUUGGAGCUGAAACCAGAUAUGUGGAGGGGAUACACCAAAGUAGGUGCUUCUGGGUAUGAGCACUUGAAGGUGACUCAUAAGUAUAAUUUUGUGGAUCCACUGACGAAUGCUCGUACCCAGAACAUUGAAAGAGUCUGGGAGUUAGUGAAGGAGAGGUCCAAAAGGCAUAAUGGAACCCAUAGAAGCAUGUUGGAGGGAUACAUGCACGAAUUUUCAUGGAGGAAAAUAAAUAAAGAUAAUUAA